GCACUUAGCCGUAGUGUAAUCGACGAUUUUCACUCACUUCUAAAGAUGGUCCGACCGCAUUUUGGGCCACCACGCUUAAAACCCAGACCUUAUGGAGAUGGUCAUGGCAAUGGUCCAAAUGAAGGGAACUACAACCCCAGCUCCAGAGGUCGAAGAGAUGUCCAGGGCUACCCAGGAAAGGCCCCUUUUAACUCAAGAGAAUCCAGAGGCAGAGGACGGCCCCCAGUUGUCAGAAGAGCCCCCCUGAUGGGAGAGCAAAGGGAGCCACGUUUCAAUCACUGGAGGUCCCCAAAUCAGGAUUCCUUUCAAUCGUACCCUCCCAAAAUGGAACCACAUCAUAGCCAGAGGAGGCCUUCACCAUCUAGACCAAACCGCUCCCCACAUAUUCCGCAUCAGUCAUCCUCACGGAGUCCUGCACAAGGAUCCCAGAGUCAAAGAGGCCCGCCUUUCCAUGGCCACCCCACAGGUCACAGGUCACCCUCUCCAAGACAUUUUCACAGUCACCUCGCUGACAGGAGGCAAGGCUCCACGGCACCCUACCAGGGAUCUUUCAGGGGCCAUAAACGGCAGCCAGGUUUUCUGCAUCAGGAGCACCGGAGUCGUGACCCUCGUGAGAAUUACAGUCCCAGAGAAAGGCCCCAUGAGCACUCAGGUCAUGGCAUGAAGCGCUGGAACGAGGCUGGAGCAUUCUCUCAUCCACACAAUGGAGAACACGGACCCUCUGGGUCACAGAGGAGUCCCAGAGAGAUCCAUGGGAGAGGCUCUAUGCCAGAGAGGUGGUCAUCUGAGCACGACUCCAGACGUCAGCGUGGCCCGGUGGAGAGGCAGGCCAGCAGAUCCCACAGUAGAGAGAGGGCACAAGAUGUCCCUCAACUGCCCCCUUUCAGAUCCCCCUCAUGGAAAGGAGGUCCAUCACCAUCAUCCUCCUACCACAGAAGCCCUCAGGAGAGGCAAGUGGUAGGACCCCGCAAGAGGAGGAUAUCAAACAUCAGCAUGCCUUCCUCAGACCCUGCCCUGGAGCAUGGUAAUCCAAAACACCCCAGGAGAGAGAGACCCCAGCUUCUCAGUAUUCCCAGGCCAUUUAGUGGUAGACCUUUGGCUCUUAGGGAUAAAAGUUGCCUGUUAAAGAGCAGACAGUUUCGAGCAGAGUCUCUCAUGAAGCUCAGAUUACCUCCAUAUGUUAAAGCCAGGCCUCGUCUGGGCGACGCUGCCCCACGAGGAAAUGUCAACUCUGUUCUUGCAAUCAGGAAGAAACGUUUCCAGUCAAACCCUAACCCCCUGAAAAAGCUGGAACCAAGGGGAGCAAAACCCCAACAGUCACCCUCGAAAGAAGAAAGCAGUGCCAGCAAGUCUUCAAGAGACUCUGAUACAGGCAAAGAACAGGUGGAGUCCCGCCGGUCCUUGAACACACACAGGUCUUCUCCCAUAGAGAAACGAGACCUUGUUGUUUUGUCCCACUGGGACUCCUCCUCUAAGGACGGCUCGCCUCCGAAAGCUCACAGUCCAAAACCGAAGACUGAUGCAGACGCCACCGCGAACAACCGACUGUCAAGGAUGAAUGAUUCCAGAUCAUCGCCUGAAGACCGAAAACGGAGCUAUUUGGAUAAGAGGAUGUUUAGACCAUUUAAUAUGAUGCAGGACAACCACAGAAGUGGGAAGCCCUUCAGGAGACCAGGACCCGGCCCCAUGCAGAGACCAAAAGUCACUGGUGGUCUGAGGAGGACAGGCCCUGAACUGUUCGGAAAUGUUAGAAGACCACUCAUGGAGACCUUAGUGCCACGACCGUUCCCAAAUCAGAGGCCAGUGUUCAGAAAAAGCCAAAGUAUCAUGUCCAAGUACCGCACCAUGAGAGUGAUGCGUCAGCGUCCGCCAUACAACCGAGGACCCAACCAACAGCGCUGGUGACGUGCUCUAGUCCCACAUUUGGCAGACAUGAUACAGGAAAACAUGGAAUAACGUCGUCUCUGCUGGAUGGACUGCACAAUUUUUUUCUCCCUGCAAUCCCAUCCUGCCUGUAUAUUGUGGGAGUUUUGUUGCUUACUUUUGUUCUCUGCUACAAGUGUUUCAGUUGAGUUUUUGAAAUACUGUGGCACUUUUUGUUUUAGAAUAUUUGUAACAUAUUUACAUUAUACUGUCCUGUUUUUUUCUGGUGUGUAAUUAUUUAGGACUUUCUGCUUGUUUAUAUUGCAGUCUUCAUUUUACAGAAAUAGUUUUAGCAUUUUUUUUUUGUUGACCAGCAGUAGUUGAUGUAAAAUCCAUGAAAUAUUUACUUUAAUCUCACCUUUUAUUGUUUGUGAAGAUCUGUCACCAGAUAUUUGAUUAAUCAUGGGUGUUUUGUUUAGAAACUGCAGCUUGUUGAAAGAGAAUUCGGUUCUACUUGUAAAACUUGCAUAAUCACAUGUUCAGUUUGUUGUUGGAGACUUGAAAUAAAACUGGAUUUAACACACUCUG